UCCACACACCCUAACCCGCAGCAUUUUCCCUCUUCCACCAUCUCACGUCGCAGCUCUGCCAAUAUUCUACUGUACUCAUACCUUCACCUCACUGCGCGUCAACUCCGCAGGGAGAGAGACAGUCCGGACACAUUUUUUGGGGGGGAGAAGAGAGAGAAGGAAUGCGAGAAUGAAGAAGAAUAAAGACUAUUGAGUGUUUUUUUUUCUUCUCUCUCUCAAGCAAACUGACCGACGAAACUACUUGACCUGUGGCCUCAGAGAGAGAGAGAGAGAGAGAGAGAGAGAGAGAGAGGGAAGUGUGUCCAGUCUCCCUCUUCGAAACGACGUUGUGCAAGAAAAAUGUAUUAUUGUAGUGACGUUUCACGAGGUGUCCUUUCUUUUCUGAAAGGCCAGUGUUUUUGUUUAUUAGCCGAGGUUGUGUUAGUGUGUUUGUUGUUUUCUUCUGUCAAAGCAGAGGAAGAGUGUCCGUUAUCAUGUAUCUGUGUCAGAGACUCCGGGACGGUGACCUGCCGAGGUGGCGAACACACUGAGUUACCGGGUGACAUACCGACGUGGGCGACCACGUUAAUACUCAGGGGGAACAACAUCUCAACGUUACCGGGAGGAGCGUUCUCCUCGAAUAACGGGACGGAACUCGAACUAACGACCCUCUCACUGUCACAUAAUGGGAUCAUGGUAAUCGAGGCUGACGCUUUCACGGGACUCCCCAGGUUGAAUUUACUGGAUUUAAGCCACAACCCGUUGGUGUAUAUUUCUGACCGGGCGUUUCACGGUCUACGAGAGCUCCGUUCUCUUCACCUGAACAACUCGCUCCUUGCUCCAGCCGUGGCGCAGCUCUCCAACGCGCUGCAUGGCACCGAAACGUUACGCAACCUCCACCGGUUGGAGCUAUCAAGCAAUCGGUUGAAAACCAUACCCAUUUCACGGUUGGACGCGUUCAACCUACACACUUUAGUUCUCACCAACAACUCAAUCGAGAACAUUGGUAAAGAGAACAUAUCUAGUUUGUACCAUCACAAGAGAGUGCGCAUUUAUUUGUCACUAAAUCCUUUCAGGUGUAACUGUGAACUUGAGUCGUUCUACUUCUGGUUAAAGAACUCUUCUCAAUGUGUGGACGCUGCGCGCCUCCUGUGCGCUGAGCCUGAUGCCAAGAAGGGGAUUCCACUGGAGCGGUUACGCGGUGAGGACGUGGAUUGUCUUAAUGAGAAUUUAGAGGCGGUAUCCUACGUGUUCCUAGGGAUAGUCAUGGCAAUGAUCGGUAUUGUAUUCCUCAUGGUGCUUUAUCUAAACCGGAGAGGCAUCAAACGGUGGCUCAACAACAUUCGUGAUGCGUGCCGCGACCAGAUGGAAGUGUACCAUUACCGGUACGAACAGGACUCUGAUCCCAGGCUGGCUAACGUCGCCGUUUAAUGUUUAACGUCCACUCCCUCAAUUUAUGCCAUUAUCAACCGUUGUUUUUAUGUACAGAGUAAACUGUUUCAUGAACGGAAGAGCAAUUAGUAUCCGUUUGUUCUCAACUUAUAUUAUUAACUGUAUUUGUUUAUAAUAUGUAGCCGAUGAUUUGGAAAGCAACAGACUUCGUUGUCCAAUAUAGGGACAAACAAAAAAAAGAGAUGAAUAUGGACCUUUAUUGUAAAUAUCUGUGAAUUAUACAUUUCUGUAAAUAUACCCAUGUACAACAACACAUAAUGAAAACAUGCUUAUCUUCUAUCAUAGAGACAUGAGAAAACAUAAGACUUGUUCAAAUAUAGAUGUACAGCAGGCCGGUUUAGUUGAGUGACUAUAGUUUCGACAACAGAAUAAAUAGUUUGAGUUCCUUCUACAGAUUAUUCUAAACGACUGUAUCAGUAUGUAAGUACAUGUAUAAACUGUAAUUACAGUAGAAAAUGUAUCUAUUAAUAAAACAAUUGAGAAUUA